AUGACGGACACCAUCCCUCCUGAUGAAGGCGACGCUGAUGGAAAUACCCUCAUGCCUGAGGAUGUGCAAAAUGAAAUACCUCAAAUAUCCCUCCCAAAUAAUCUACUGCAACAGAUACGACAACCGUGGACAAACUCCCUUAUUGUUAGGCCUUUGGGCAAAAGCAUUGGAUACAGAAUGCUCUCUACUAAAGUCAAACACUUAUGGGCCCUACAAGAUGAUUUCAAUGCUAUUGAUUUGGGGAGCAAUUAUUUUCUUUUUAAAUUCUCCUCUCAGGAGGAUUGCACCCAUGUUUAUUCAGGAGGACCAUGGGUAAUUUUGGAUCACUACCUUAUAGUUCGCAAGUGGGAGCCUGACUUCAAGGCAUCAAAAGCUUUUGAAACCACAACUGAUGUUUGGGUUAGGUUUCCCGAACUUCCGAUUAAGUAUUUUCAAGAAAAGGUUUUGUAUACCAUCGCUAAACAACUAGGUCGACCACUCAAGAUAGAUCUAACAACAUCCAUGGCUACAAGAGGUAAGUUUGCCAGAGUUCGUAUUGAAAUGGACCUUAAUAAACCCCUCUGUCCCAAGUUCUUGCUAGGCAAGAAAAGCUAUUCUAUCGAGUAUGAGUCUAUCCAUUCUUUUUGUUUCCAUUGUGGUAGGGUGGACCAUCGCAAAGAGUUUUGUAGACACAAAGUUGCUAAUCGAACAUCCCAAGUGGCUUCAACCCCAAGCACAUCACCGUCCGGUGAAAGACUAGCCGUUUCAGGCACCCCACAGUUAGCACAACCCCAGGCCAACGGUAACCUGCAACAAUCUGAGGAAGGAGAUACCCAUUUUGGGCCCUGA